UCCAUAAGAGAAAGUCAGAGUGAACGGGACAAUAACUCGGCAUUCGCAAUAAGUCAGAAGUAUAUAAUAUAGAAGGAUGAAUCUGGUGAGAAAUCUUACGCCAUGUCUUUUAAUGCUUUUCUUUUUCUACAUUGAUGGCAUUCAAGGUCAAGAAAUUCCAAAGCACGGAAAGGUUGUUGCUUGUUAUGUCGCUAGUUGGGCAAGGUAUAGGCUUUCGAAAGGCAAAUUUACAUUAGAUAAUUUAAAACCACAAUAUUGUACACAUUUGAUUUACGCUUUCGCGGGCUUGAAUACAACCACUUGGGAAAUAAAAAGUCUUGAUCCAUGGGCCGAUAUAGAAGAUGGAAUUGGUAAUUACCAAAAAAUGUCAGAACUUCGUAAAAACUAUCCAGGAUUAAAAGUUUCAAUAGCUAUUGGUGGUUGGAAUGAAGGUAGCGGGAAUUUUUCAAUUCUUGCUAAAGAUGAAAACAAACGAAAGACCUUCAUAGAUAGCAUUUCAAAAUUUCUUAAAAAAUACAAAUUUGAUGGCGUCGAUUUAGAUUGGGAAUUUCCUUCUCAACGAGGCGGUAAUUCAAAGGAUAAAGACAAUUUUUCCUUGUUGAUUAAAGAAUUAAAACAACAGUUGCCUUACAAUUCUAUAUUAACCGCAGCUAUAAGCGCAAAUAAGAAAAUAAUCGACGAGGGAUACAAUAUUUCAUAUAUUUCCAAAUACCUCGAUUAUAUACACGUUAUGACAUAUGAUUAUCAUGGUUCAUGGAAUUUAAAAAUUCUUCCGAAUGCUCCGUUAUACAGUAAUAAUGAUGAAAGUGUGAAUGCUACUAUGAGCUAUUUACUACAAUUAGGAGCACCAGCUAAGAAACUCGUUCUAGGUUUACCAAUGUAUGGACGAACAUAUAUUUCGAAUAAGAUAAUUUCUCCUAAUGAAAAUCCUACUGGAAUGCCCUGUGACAAAGAUGGUUUUAAAGGGCCUUAUACUUCUCAAGAUGGGUUUAUGGGUUAUAACGAAAUCUGCGAAGAACUAAAGGAUAAGAAAUGGAUUUCCAGAUGGGAUAACGACAGUAAUACACCAUACGCGGUAAAUGAAGACCGAGUAAUUUUCUACGACGAUUACAUAAGUUUAAAAACGAAAGCAUUAUAUGCUAAGGAAAUGAGUUUAUCUGGUGUGAUGAUUUGGAGCAUCGAUACCGAUGAUCAUAGUGGAAUUUGCGGAACUGAUUACAUAUUGAUGAAAUCUAUCAAUAAAGCUUUUAUCAAUGAAGAUUCUACCAUUAAAGAUUCUACCAAUGAAGAUUCUAGCAAUAAAACGUGUUCCGAUAACAUAUCAAUAAUACUUUAUGCUAUU